GCGUGUGGAAGUUCUACUCUUGUAGCUCGUUCGUGAGUGGUGAAGAAAGGGAGCGAACAGCCACUCGUGUGCGAUCUGCUACUCGCAUUUUCGUUGGCUACUCUAACUCAAACGAAACACCGGCCAGCCAACAAAAAAUCGAGAAAGUGCGUUGUCUCAACAUCGACAUUAGCUUAUGGAGGGCGUUGAGGAGGCGAGAAACGAAAGUACAGAUGGGCUAAACACUCAACCUCCUGACAGCGGACAAGCUAGCUUUGCCCAACCAGGACUAGCUACUUACGCUCAAGGGAGCACUGUUCCAAACGGACAUGGCGUUCAACAAGUGAUCGAGAACAGACCUGAAGUCCAAAACGAAACACAUGUAGGUCUAGGAGAUGAUCGUGGACACCUCUCCAUCUCCAAUGUACCAGGUGGCGUUCAAGUCGCAGUUGUACCGGCUUCAGAUGAUGUGGGAGUCGUAGAUGGAAGCUUGACAAACACCUCGGCCGUAGAUCGAGGAGAUGAAGCAACACAUACCGUUGUAACAGCAAUGCCCGCUGAUUAUGGGUUACCAGGGCCUCUACCGACUCAAUUUGUCAUUCAGCACGAAGACCACGAGGGAGCAGAAGACACUGGGGUUCAUGAUGUGGAUGGUGACGAGAAGGAGCGUGAUGACAUUCUUAGAGAGCAGGAUCGGUUUCUACCAAUUGCAAAUGUGGCCAGAAUAAUGAAGAAGUCCAUUCCAAAGACAGGAAAGAUUGCUAAGGAUGCCAAAGAAUGCGUUCAAGAAUGUGUGUCAGAAUUUAUAAGCUUCAUAACCAGCGAGGCAAGUGAACGAUGCCAUCAAGAAAAACGCAAGACAAUCAAUGGAGAAGAUAUUUUGUUUGCCAUGCAAACUUUAGGAUUUGAUAAUUAUGUGGAACCUUUGAAGCUCUAUUUACAGAAGUACAGAGAAUCAAUCAAAGGGGAGAAGUCAGCUAUGGGGACUGAUGUAAGAGAAGGAGAGGUGGAUGAAGAGGAACAUGCUGUGCAUCAAUUUCAAGUGGCAGGUACCCACCUCCAUCCUUCAAUGAUUGGAGCAGACCAAACUCCAACGACAAUUUACAGCUCUCCUCAAUAUCAGACAACGAUGCAACAGCCUCUGCAUUUUCCAUGAUUUGAACACCCCAGACAGCGUUUGACUUGCCCACUACAAAUGGAUAUAACAUAAGAUAAGAUGUACAUAGUGCAGCCUACAAGACAUAGUUGAAAAUGUUUGUUAUCCCCUCCCAUUCUAUAUCUAAAGAGAGAGAUUUUUUUUAUACUUGUUUGCUUCAUUUAAGACCAGCUUGUUUGUCAGACUGCAAUCCAGCCAGCCUCCAACUGAUAUUCAAAUGGGUUUAAUCUUUGUUAGUCUGGUUUGAGGGUGUACAGGGGGAACUUUUGCACAAUUAAGGUCCCAUCAGUAUGACGUUGACAAAUCAGGCUGACUCAGUCUAUGAAAUCUCAUUUUGCCAGUAUUCCUUUACCAAGAGGGUAGCAAAGGGGGAAUCCUGAUUCCAGUUUCACACUCAGAUUUUUCACACCUCAUAAAUCACCUCAUGUACAUAAAUUGGAAAACUUCAAAUCUCUCUCCUUGUGUGUGAGGUUUCAGAAAAAAUCUUGAGGUUUUCACCAAAUGAACAAAAAGUUCACAGGUUGCUUACAUUUCAGGAGGAAAAUUACGCCUCAUGCUGGAUCAUUAAUCCACAAAUCAUGUUGAUCUUCUUUUGUAAAAUUCAUACUUCGCAUUAAUUUUGGCCUUAUCACAUUUCGCUUAUAAACCCUUUGGCACCCUCUACUAAAAUCUCUAAGUUUUUGUGGGAAGGUUUGUUAUCCUCAAGCUUUGUUUUUCAGUCUGUGACCUUGUAAACUAGUCUAAAAUUCCCCUGUGGAACACAUAACAAAAUUUGUCAUCCUAACACAGUCUCUAUGGUUACUGGGCUUAAUUAAAGAGAGCAAAAGAGGUGAAUGUUGCAAAGAGGUUUAACAAGAGCUUGGCUCUCACAUCUCUCGGUAUGUAAGGGAAAAAUAUGUAGUCGUCCAAGAAUCAGAUUCUUGGACGACUAAAUUCUGUCAACAAGGGUUCUGUCACUUUGGGUGUUUGCUGUUCAUUAACUGUCGCAACUAUCACACUUUGCAAUGAACAAAACAGGGCAUGUAUGUUCAGGCAGUUUCAUGCUGUUAUGGUGUGAAUUGUAGCAUACAACCAAAUCAUUGCUGGUUCUAUAUUUUGAAACACAUUCAAAUUAUUAUGGUAAGUCUAGCCUCGUGUAUGAAGGUGCAAAUUCUCCUUACUCGUAUUUACACAUUGUCAAGCAAAGAUGUGGUGAGAAUGGAGAUUGCUGUUAACUGAAGGAGGCGUUUGUUAUAUCAUUCCGUUACCACUUUUACUCCCAAGAUCUUAAAAGUAAUUCUCCUUACUGUCUGCCAUAAAAUUCGUUUGAAAUUAGUUUGGAGAGUUUGGUAUUGGAUCAAGUAAUAGUCCCCUAAUUGGCAUUUUUUUUCUUUUUCUCAUCAAUUUUCUGCUUGUUAUUGUAUUGAUCUUGUAAGUAGAAAUUCUGUUUGUCACUCGUGGGAGUUAAACGGUUAGGUGACGUGGAAUUUGUUUGAGUGGCAGUUACUUCGAUGAAAUAAUAGUGAGAUCCUAGGGGGAAAAAAUUGCUCAUCGCAUCAGUCCCUCAAAGCAUUAUGUAAAUAAUUAUCAUGAUAUAAAUAAAACCUUAACAAAAAGAAAGAGAAAGAUAUGUGAAGAGUGUAUUUAUCUUUCAGUGGUGAUUUUAUUUCGUGUUGGCUGCUUUGUAAACUUUUAGGUGGCCCGCGGGAAAAUUUUUUUUUAGAAAUAUACCUCGGAUUAUUUAGAGUAUAAGAAUUAUUUGGUUGGCUGUAAUUUUACUGUAGUUCUGUAUAACUUUGUCUUCGGUAACAAUUUCGAAAUAAACCAUACAAAGCAUACAUUUGCAUUCAAACUCAUUGCUCCCGAGCAGUAAUACUGUUAGGUUUUAUUGUCCUCGGUUUGUCCAUGGGUUUUCACCGUGGA